UUUUCAGUUUUUCGGCUGCUCUGUAAUGCAAACGGUUGCACAACAAGGCCUCGCUUCAGCACCACAUCGGCAGGAUUUUACCGUCUUAAUCUCAGGGGUUUUUUUCAUUUUAGAGCCUGUUGCAGAUAGCACGUGGUUUUAUUCAGUUAUUUUUUUCUGUCAUGAUCUAAAUAUAUGCUUGUGAAAAGAAACCAAUUUUCCAUUCCAAAUUUGGAGGUAAUCUAAAAUUGGUUGACUCUAGCUUUCUCUUUAGGAGGAAUGUGUUGACUAAUAGUUUUCAUGUCUUGUGGCUGAAAUGUAAAUUGUAUUUGCUCUGCUGAAUGAUGCAUUUAAAAACAUCUGUCACAUAUGUAACAGGAAGAAAAGAUAUUUGUCUGUGUGGUACGGGUCAAGGGUUUGCACUUUGAUUACACUUUGGGGACCUGCGUUUGCAGCACGGCUGCCUGCACGCUCUGGUUUCCUUUUUCCCCUCGGCAGAGAUGGCUGAACUUUCAGAAGAACAAUUUGUCUUUGGCACAGAAACCGUCUUCGUCCUUCCUGUCAUUAGUUGUUAACCCCUUUCUUGACACUUUGCUGAAACCCAAAGGAUGCUUCACACAACCUGAGGGAGCAGAACUAGGUGUUAAUGAUGACAGCUGAUCUCAACGUCACCACUAAGCUGGGGCUUUUUUUAAUUUAAUUUUAGCCCAACAGGAUGACUUGCAAGUUCUGACUUUGCAAUGUCGCAAUCGUGUUUUGUCAGUCUGAGAAAGAAUGUGAUUCCGUAUUUAUUUAAAGAAAAAUAGCUUGUGAUUAAGCUGAAUGAGUCUGGAGGGAUAAGGACCAGAGAAUCCACAGGCACAGAGGUGUGGGGGAGAAUUCAAAUGAAAAACAUACGCUCCGACUGCAUGACUAAGCCUCCUCAGCCCUGAUUUGGGAGGUGGGGGGGUGCCAGGGAAUGUGGGGAGCAGGGGGGAGGGAGCCUGGUCGGUCAAUAGUGAGGUAAAACGUGUGGCGGUGGGAGGAGCCGGGACUUAGAGGGAGCAGACAGGCAAUCCACUUUCACUUUGAGCUGAGCCCGAGUCUGUUAGGAUCCACGGAGUGACCAGAGGCAAAGCGACCGGACGGCAGGGAGGAGGGGGCCACCUUUAUUCAUUACCCAAGCAACAGAGGAAUUUAGGAAGAGCAACAGCAAGAGGACGAACCGAAGAAGGACAAAAUAGAUAAAGAAGGAGAAGAAAAAAAAUCUUUGGAGAGGCUACAGCCACUCGGGCUUUAGUGGGAAAACCCAAAAGUGAGACGCUGGCAUGACUUGAUGCACAAAGCUUCACUUGGAAAGUACCAAAGGAAACCAUAAAAACAAAAUGCAUUAGAGAUGUGAACAUCAGACUGGAGGGGAGAGAGAAGACGCAGCUUCUGUCAGAAACCUGAGCAAAACCACAGAGGAGGAAACUUUGCCUUUCACGGACCGACAAGACCUGCAGAGGAUCUGCACUUAACAAGAGAAAUGGAGAACUGUCAUUUCUUAGAAAGAUAAAAGGAUGUCACUAUCAGUUUUACUGUUGCUAUCACUUUUGACGGUCCAAUGCGGUGGAUGUAACUUUGACCAGAGUAGUGUGGAAAACAUCAAGGCGACAAUCGAUUCUAAUCCAACUGGAUUUCGGACAGUGUUUCCUAAAGAUUACUAUGUGCAGCACCAUUACAACAGAAGCAUGCUCUGCGAUACCGACCCAUGCUGUGUUUUCCCUGCUGCAGUGGUCCUCCUGAACUCCUGGGAUGUGCUUUACACUAAUCUCUGGGACGAGCAUGUAAAUUACUCCUUAAUUUUUGAUCUGAAGGAGACACUGGUAUUAAUCCUCUCAAAGAACAUUAACACGGAGAGGUUCCAGGAGGACACGGAUCUCGCCCAGUUCUCAACAGUCUCCUCCUCUCCGGAGGAACUCCUCAAGCUGACGUCGGAACUUUUCACUCGGUGGCUGAAGGUCGCCUGCUUGCCGUCUCUAAAAACGUGCCAGCUGCCCACAUUACCCCCUUCCGAGGAGAGGAAAAGCUCCCGGCCUCCAAGGUCUAGACUCUUGACCACACGAGCCGUCAACGACGCGGAAAGGAUGAUGAGCGUUACAAACGCAUCACUGAAAGGACCGUCCCUCCCCGUGUACCACCUCUCCUCUGUCUGGAGCCUACUGCUUUUUAGACUCUAUUGGUGGUUGCUGCCAUAGUAACUUCAUUCAUUUUUAAUGACGCACAGAAAAUGCAAAAAAAAAAGACAUUUCUUGGCACUGAAUGAUUGUCUUCUUUGUGUUAAUAAGUAUGAAAUUAAUGUGCACAGGUUGCAUUUAAUGUCCAAAGUUUUUCAAGUUUUUUUUCUCUCCUCACUGUUCAACAGUGGGGUUUUUUUUCCACAAAUACAGAAUCGUAUAGCCUCUGCCUCUUCAAGAUCCUUCUAACUGUGCAUUUAACAGAACAUGAAUAUGAAGCUUGCUAGUGCAUAAGCCAUCAUCUAAUGUGGAAUUCAUCACUGUUUACAAGGAUUACGUCGAUUUCUGUGGGUGUUUACUUGUGUACAUAACUGUAAAUGAAGCUCAUUUAGAUAGAAAUAUGCAAAGUUGGAUUAGAAAUGUUUCUCCCAGAUGUAUCCAGAAUAUUGUAAGCUGUAUUUAUUACUGUUUUUUGUGCUACUUAUGGAAAAGUUGACUUUUUAUGGAAUGAAAGGUCUAAAGACACAGAGAAGGUGCACCUUCUCAAUAUUUAUCUAGAGUUCAUUUACAGGUGUGAUGCCGAUACGAUGCACUAUUAAUGAGGUGAAGUCCUGAACGUGCAUGCGCAAAAAUGUAUUAAGGUUGCUAACUAACAUCACUAUACAAAAUAGUAAAGCAAUUCCUGCAAGCAUCUUUUUUUCUAAGUGCUUUUACUUUAGAUUGAUUUUAGUGAAAGCGGUGACUGAAGAAAAGCAGGAUCGUUUUACAUCUUGCUGCGUUUUGUUUUUCAUCCUUCUUGGGAACAUUUGGAUGUGUCAACUUUUGCAUUGAAAGACUUUGCUUCUGAUCUCACAUUCCAAUCGUGGAAGUUCAGCUAAUUCGUGAAGGGUCAUCUUAUCUUUCGUGACUGUCAUGAUAGACAAGGGACAAAUGUGGGUGAUCUGAAUCUUGUCUCCUCUUUCACAUUCAAUAAAGUGCACUCUUGUUUUUCUA